AUGUUUCUGCAUUCCGGGGCGAGCCUCCACGGCCACGAGUACUCCAACCGCCCAUCCUCGAACGUGCACAUACAAUCGCCUGCCCAUCUGCGAGCGCCCUUACUGCGAUCCGCCUUCGCUCCCCCGAAACAACGUGCGCGCGCUACGUCAGAGGGCACGCCGACACCCGUCCUCCGCCGACGACCGGCUUCAGACUACAUUCCCCGCGCGCCCUCGCCCGUGGUCCGCUUCCGAGAGCCCGAGGACGAGCCUCCUCCCACCCCGGCGACGCAUGACGGGUCUAUCUCCGAGUCCGAGCUCAGCGAUAUCACGCUCUCAGUCGACGGCGCCGCAGCGCCACGGACCGGUCGCUCGAGGCGGUCGCGACGAGCCCAACGCAAGAGCACCACAUAUUAUCUUGGAUACCCGGCGCCGAGGAUAAUUGGCAAGACAAAGGUUGUACAGCAGGUCCUCUUGCCGAGGCUGCUCUUGCAACUCCAAAAGGUCGGAGAGGAUGGGAAGUCACAGCCUGUGCUCGAGGUCUUCCCAGCGUCGCGCAUCGCCGGCCCUGUGGUCGCUCCUCGGUUGGCUAAGAGGUGUCCGGACAUUUUUGGGGCCAAGCGCCGUCUAGGAUACGACGACAUUGUGCUGGUGAGGAGGGACGAUAACGACACAAGCUCGGACGGCACGGAGAGCGAGGUUGAGGAGGAUCUGGAGAGGAGGAAUCUCCUGGCAGUGUACAGCCCGCUGAAGCACUCGGAGGAGGCCGAGAUUGUGCUUGACGACGGUUCGGUAUGGGUGGCCAAGCCCCUGGCCAAUGGGUCCUUUGACUUUGUCCACACCGAUGCGGAGGGCAACACCACAACGGCGCGGUGGGCGCGCAGGCACACGGUUGCUGUUACUCCUACGUCUCUCUCCACAGAGACAUCGUCUUCUUCCUCGUCUUCUCCCCCGACGCGGUACACCUUUAGCAUCAUCGAUCCGUCCACCCGUCGCCAUCCGGUUAUGGCCACAUUGACACCCUCCACUCUCGAGGUCCGAGAUACCUACGCAGCUGUUUCUUCCUCCCGCGGUCGGCACCCGCCCAUCACCAGGGUGGGUCGGUCCUUAUCAGUGACUUCGUCCCCAUCAUUAGCUCCAUAUUCGCCCUCAAUACCAUUAUCUCCCGGCGUCACGAGCGACGGCGAGAACGAUUCCGCAGUCUACCUUCCUUCCUCGCCAAGUCAUGAUCCAUCGCAGCCGAUAGUCCACGAGGUCGACGACGCCACCAAGAUGCUUAUCUCUGUUACUGCCCUCUGGGUGGCUCUUCGUUCGGGCUGGUCCAAAAGCUACAACUCAGCCAGCACCACCCACGAAAGCGCAGCGUCGCCGGGAGCGACGGCCCAGCGGAACCGCAGCAGGAGAAACACGUGGAACACGCGCUCCUCGACAUCCGACACACCGCGGCCGCCGGACGUCCCUGGCGCAGAGCCAUCCCGGUGCGCGAGUGUGUUCAAGCGGUACUCUAUGCCCGCGCACCCGGGGGAGAGCACCGUCAAGCCUCCCACUCCGAAGCCGACGCCGCCGGCAUCGCGCACAUCAACACCCACCUCCUUGGUCGCCGCCCUAGACGCCAGACCGCUCCCGAGAAGGGCGACAAGCACAGGCGCGGCGUUCAUGCAGCGGCAUCUGCAGGCCUCUUCUUCCCUGUCUGCUCACCCUUCGCCCGAAAGGGCUGCUGCCGUGGAGUCUGACGCGGAGAGGAAGGGACAUCCGCCCACGACAACGACAACGGCCGCGCCAUUGGCGCCCGCUCCAACACCACCAGUGAAGCCGGCAGAAGUUCAAAUCAGCCCGGCGGGGCCA